GUGAUAUUUCCGUUAAACGUAGUUGUCACUGUUCAAUUUGUUUCGUGCUGUAUUGUUUUGUGAUUUUCUCACUUUUCCCGUGAUAUUUUCUACAUUUGCAUCAUCCAUGGCGGGAUCUUCGACUAGUGAUCCAAGUCUGGUGCGCCACUUCAAGGGAGGCCACCGGGAAGGAAUCACAGGAGUGGCUUUUCAUCCACGUGAGGAAAUGCUCGUGACCACGUCCAGCGACAGCAGUGUCGUUCUCUGGCACUACACGAAGCACGAGAGGGUGUUCAAGUACGAGGGGCACACGAAGGCUGUCCACGACGUGGCCUGGUCACCCACAGGAAGCGUCUUCGCCACUGCCUCCACGGAUCAGCACGUUCGCGUCUGGUCCCCGAAGCUCUGCGGCAAGUCAAGGGGCGUCCGGAUCCCCAUAUCGCCCGUUAGAUCGGUGGACUUCGACCUAACGGGGAAGAGCUUUGUCACCGGCGGCGAUGACAAAUGCCUGAAGCUCUGGACACUGAAGGACAUGGUGUUCAUGAGGAGCUUCACGGGCCACACAAAUUGGGUGCGCUGCGUCCGGGUGGCGCCGUAUAACGGUCUGAUUGGCAGCUGCGCUGAUGACAAAACCGUGAAGACCUGGGACAUGGAGACUGGACAGUGUCUGGCCACGUUCCAGCAGAAGACUGGCCUCCCGAAGAGCGUCGCUUGGCAUCCGGACACGCCGAUGAUCGCCAUCGCUCUGUCUCACAGCACCGUGAAGCUCUUCGACGUGCGCUCGAACGAACUGAUUCAAUACUACAGGAAUCACACCGACGCAGUGAAUUCUGUGGCUUUCCAUCCCAAUGGGAAGUACAUGCUCACGGCUAGCGACGAUGGCACCAUGAAAGUGUGCGAUCUGCUCGAGGGCCAGUACAUCUACUCCCUGGACACCAAAGCAGGCGCUGUGCGAUCGGUGGCCUUCUCCAAGGAUGGCGCCUACUUCGCCUCCGGAGGAAGCAACGCUGAUCUCUUCCUCUGGAAGUCCAACAAUCUCUCAAGCGAUGAUUGCCCGGUAAAAUCUCCAGUGGUGUCUCGCGAAGAGAACUCUGAGCAAUCUCCUGUUUUCUCGAGUCCUUCGCCAUCGAAGCUGGGAAAGGCUAACACCUCUGAAGUUCGCAGCUUUAAUAAGGAAAAUGAGAACUUCUUAUCGAACAACGAUUGAACAAUUAUUUGAUUUGUCUUUUCCACUUUUCACGCAUUCUCUAAUAAAUUAUGAUUCCAGUACGAAUUAAAAAAAA